UUGCGACACGGCUCUCCCGUCAAAGCGUCGCUUUUAGCUCGAAAUGUUCUUAGGGCUGGGUCGACUCCUAGCCAAGUGCUAAUAGCGCUCUCAUUAGGAACUCGGCUUAGCUUCCCUGGCCGUUCGUGUAGCAGGGUGCUCUAGCAGACGAGAUGAGGCUUAACAAAUGAGACGGCGAUGGCGCGCUUAUGUCCUCGGUUCGGCGGUACCUGGGAGAUAUUCCCCAGGAAGACUCCAGCGUUGGGCUGACCCUCUGACAAACUCAAAUAGGGGACGAUGUCCUCCACGUUGCUUGACGUUCCCUUCCUCCGCCUCACGUCGCUCGUUUACUCUGUCGCUCGGCUGCUGCUUGACUUGAAGUCAGACUUCGUACGAAGUCAUACAUUCAUUUAUCAGUCAACUCAAGCUGCAGGCUCCGCUCCUUCUUCGCCAUGAGGUUUGAGCCGAUUGUCGUUGCCCUCCUUGCCGGGGAGGUCGCCGCCAAAUGCAAGCCAGUCUCUCUAUCGAACUCGAAGAGCUCUUCGGCGACGGCUUCGGACUCUGGCUCACACCCGUACCCAACCGGACCGGCUCAACCAGGGUACCCAACCAGACCAGCUCAACCGGGGUACCCAACCGGAUCGGCUUCUAGCUCUUUCCCGCCCGGCUAUCCAACUCUGUCAGUUUCGAAGUCUUCCUCAUCUGGAUACCCGAUACGAUCAUCUUCUAGCUUUUCCCCGCCCCGCUAUCCCACCGGACCAGGUUCGAGCUCUUCCCUAAACGGCUACCCAACGGGGUCAUCGUCAAGCUCUACCCCGAGCGGCUACCCCAUCGGACCAGGUUCAAGCUCUGCCCCUAGCAGGUAUCCAACAGGAUCGGCUUCGUCAAGCUCUUUCCCGAGCGGCUACCCCAUCGGGCCAGGUUCAAGCUCUGCUCCUAGCGGGUAUCCAACAGGAUCGGUUUCGUCGAGCUCUUCCCCGAGCGGCUACCCGGGAGGGUCAUCUUCGUCAAGCUCUUCCCCUAACGGAUAUCCAACCAGCUCCUCGUCUACGUCUAGCACUAUCUCCAGCACUACGUCAAGCUCGUCAAGUGCUUGCCCGACGCCGACUGACUUUGUAGUUGGACCCGGUGGAUGCCAAUGCUCUUAUGACUUCCUCGAUGGGUACAAGAUCGAGGAAAGGCCGGACGCUAUCUCGGACGCAAACUCCUUCGAGGAGUGCCUGGAACGCUGUGAUGCUACCACGACUUGCAUCAGCUUUUCGUUCCAGUCCGGAGCCUGCAACUUCUUCGGUAGCCGGGUUAAUGACGGUGUCACCGCUGUAGAACAUGCCGGCUCGAAGGUCGGAUCCCUGAUUCUGGGGUCUUGUCAUGGGACCUGUACGGACCCUUCCCCGCUCCCUGAUUACGAGCCUCCGAUUGUCGAGGAUCCUAGCAUAUGCGAGACAACUUUUGUGUGGAAGCCCGUAAACACUGUUGUUACAAUCUUGGACCCCAGAAUAGUCACCAUAACAGACUCGGUGACCGCAACUACCACGGAGAUAACCACCACGACGCCGACUGAACUCACCACCACCACGGUGUUUACAACCGAAACGGCUACGGUGACAGAGUCCCAGGCAACGGACACGUACACCACAACAUCGACGGAGUACUCGACAUCCACCGAGUUCCAUACGAUUACUGGUACCAUUACCGUGAUUCGAACUGUAGUGAGCUCCGUCCAGCCACCAACGAGGACGGUUAGCGCACCCGCUGGUUUCACACCCAUCAAGUCUGCUCUCCCUGGUAUUGUGGCGAGGUCCGUCGGCCGUCUCGUCAUCGGAAGGUCGCCUCGCUCUCGCAUUCCCGAUUGUCCUGUCGCUACCCCAACAAUUGGAGAAAUCGAGACUUACGCUUCCCACGUUGCUUGCAAGACUACGUCCUUCACUACCUUGACCACGACAGUCGCUACUAGCACAACCACGGAGACAAUCACCGAUUCCACUUCGACCUCUACGGAGACGUCAACCAGCACAAUAAUCACUACCACUACCGAGGUGCCGAUCCCCGCGGAGACAACCUCCACGGUAUAUACAACGGAGGUUAUUACGACGGAAACGACCGUGCCAACGACCAGAACGGUCACUAUAACGACAACGUCAACAGCUACUGUCGGCCCGACACCCACGGCAUACAGGCAGUGCCAGGCGGACAAUCUGGCGUCGAAGAUCAACGGGAAGGCCAUAAACUUCUUCAUACAAUCCCACCAGCUCGUCGGCUACGGCUUUGUGAGUGAGGACGUGGAUUGCUGCGACGUUUGCCGCAAGACCGCGAAUUGUGGCGGCUUCAAGCUGCUCGCGAACGGCUACUGCCAGCUAGCCAAGACGACCACGUGCAACGGCGCCCUCAAGGCUGCCACCAUAGGCAGCUGGCCGCAGCCCUUGGAAGACAUCAAGUUUGUCGGUAAUGGCGCAUGCGGCCAGGUCCGAAUCUAGAGAGCGGCCUUGGGCGAAACUUGACAUACACGUCCACUGAGCAACCAAAAUAUCCCGGGGCACUACUUCUCUAGACUACACAGGCAACUCGUAUUGAAGCUAUUACCCACGGCGCACGGUUGGUGCCAGAAGAAUCGAUAAGAUUAUGUGCU